AUGAAAGAUCCUAAUGCUGUUCCAGGUGAAUAUGUGCUCUUCAAUCAGAGAUACUCAAAGCUAAUGAUCCUAGAUUAUCACCCAUCUAAAGAGGAGAGAGAACAUGAAAUUCUUGCUAUAGGAUGGAAACAUCGUGAAAUCAUCAGCAAAAGAGCCGAGUCUUCCACCAGCAUUGAAGCAUUAUUUAACCCUGAUAAAUGUGGAUUAAUUCCACAAGUUGUUGUACUACAAGGAGCUGCAGGAAUUGGAAAAACCAUAAUGGUCAAAAAAAUCAUGCUUGAUUGGGCUUCUCAACAUCUUUACCAGGACAAAUUUAAUUAUGUUUUCUAUAUUUGCUGUAGAAAGAUGAAUCUCCAUGCAGAGGUAGAGAAGAGUAGCAUUGCAGAGAUAAUUUCAGAAGGAUGGCUCGAGCAUAAAUCGAAAAAUGUCAUUCAAAAUAUACUGAAAAAUGAAGAAAAGCUUCUAUUCAUAAUUGAUGGGUUUGAUGAAUUAAGAUAUUCCUUUGAUCAGUCUGAAAACUACUUUUGCAUUGAUCCCCGGAAGAAGGAACCAGUGAGAAUUCUUUUGAAGAGCUUAUUUCAAAAAAAGCUUUUUCCUAAAUCCUUUCUUAUAAUCACAACAAGACCAACUGCUUUGAAGAAACUCCAUCAAUGUUUAGAGCGCCCAGGCUAUUUUGAGGUACUGGGAUUUUCUACAAAGGAAAGAGAAGAAUAUUUCUACAAUUUUUUUGAAAAUAAAGACCAAGCAACUCAAGUUCUCAGAUUUGUUAAACAAAAUGAUACGCUUUUCACCAUGUGUGUCAUUCCCCUUGUGAGCUGGAUCAUCUGCACAGUAAUGAAACAGGAGAUGGAGAGAGGCAAAGAUCUUCAGAAGACACCAUGCACCUUCACUGAAAUCUAUAUGCUGUAUCUCUCCAGUUUGUUAAAGUAUCACCAUAAUGAAUCCACCAUAAAGGUUGUCCAAACCAAUGUGAAAGGCUUAUGCUCUUUGGCUGAAGAAGGAAUCCGCAAACGGCAAAUACUAUUUAUGGAGGAAGAAGUCAAGAAGCACAUGUUAGAUCAGGGAAACUCCCUCCCCCUUUUUCUGAAUGAGAGCAUCUUCAAAAGGGACAUUGAUUGUAUUCAAACCUACAGCUUCAUUCACUUAAGCUUCCAGGAGUUUUUUGCUGCUCUGUUUUAUGUCCUAGAAGAAGAAGAAGAUGAGCAGCAUUCUCAAAAUCUGAAUAAAAAUUUGCAGACAUUAUUAGAAACACAUAUAUCUUUUAGGACUGAUUUUGCAGUAGGAUUUCGCUUCCUCUUUGGUUUUUUUAAUGAAGAAAAUAGAAUGAGAGAGUUGAAAAAAGAAUUUGGAUGGGAAAUUUCUCCUAAGAGUAAAGAAUUAAUGCAAGACUGGGUGAAAAAUAAUCUUAAAAAAGAUAGUUAUGGUUUCAGAGAGCUAACAAAAAUGUUUAGUUAUUUAUAUGAGACACAAGAUGACAAUUUUAUAAAAAAUGCACUAAGUGGCAUAACUGAAAUGGAUUUUGAUUGCGACUCUGAUAUGGAAUUGAUGAAGUUCAACUAUUGUAUACAACACGUCCAGAAUUUAGAGGCACUCUCUGUUAAAUAUUUUCCUCUUUCAAGAAAUUGGCAUCAGUGUUUGGAUGAAAGAAUUGUGGAAGACUUCUUUAAAGCACUGACAAAACUGAGAAAUUUAGAAUUCCUGGAGUAAGAAAGUGCUAGUAUUUUAUUUUAGAUGGUAUUGAUAAUGAAACCACUACAUAAUAUUAGAAGUUUGUGUAUUAAACUAAAUAUAUUGUUACAGCAGUCUCUCAUCAAUUUCUCUUGGUCAACAAUAGAAGAUGCUUUACUAGGAGUUCCCGAAGCCUACCAUGGAACUGAGUUAUAAUUGGCACUGAGAGAGAAGAAAACACAAUUUGGAAAACUCAAGGAAGGGUGCAGUACUUUCACUGGGAUUUCUUAUUGAGAGGCAGGAAAUAGACUAGAACAGAACAUGGUAGAAUAGUAUUCUUUAUUGGCCAAGUGUGAUUG